CACUCUCUCUCUCUCUCUCUCUCUCUCUCCUCUCCUUCUUCUUCCUCCGUCUGGCUCUGUAAAAAAAGCAUCUUCCCCGCCUUGUACAUCUAAACACUACUUUUCAAGCUUUUCCAAAAAUGGGUUCAAGAAUCCCUUCUCACAAGCUAAGCAGUGGUCUCUACGUCUCAGGCCGACCCGAACAGCUCAAGGAACGCCAACCAACAAUGGCGUCACGAGCAGUUCCAUACACCGGCGGCAACAUCAAGAAUUCCGGCGACUUAUGCAAAAUGUUCGACAUCUAUCAUACAGAUCAAGGUCCACCGACGCUCAAAACCUCUAGAGGUUCAUCUUCUUCUUCACAACUAAACAGUGGAUCCGUUCGAUCUGGGUUAAGUUCUGGUUCGUUAGGAGGAACUAAAUCUUCAGGUUCAGGACCUAUUCAUCCCACCGGUCUAAUUACGUCAGGUCCGAUUGGAGCGUCGGUGGGUCGUCGGUCGGGUCAUCUAGAAUCUACUGGAUCAAUUGGUAAUGGUAAGCCGGUUGUUUAUGGUUCUGCUGUGACGAAAUUGAGUGAGGUGAAGAUUAGGUUUAAGGUUUCUAAAGCUGUAAUGUGGGUUUUUGUUGUUUUGAUGGUUAUGGCCUUGGUUGUUGGUGGGUUUUUAAUGGUGGCUGUUAAGAAACCUUUAAUCUUAGUCUCGAUUGGAGCAAUUCUUGCUCUGGUUAUUAUGGUACUGAUUUGGAAUUGCAGUUUGAAGAUGAAUGGUCUUUUGAUGUUCUUGAAAAGAUACCCAGAUGCUGAACUUCGUGGCGCCAUUGAUGGUCAAUAUGUUAAGGUUACUGGGGUAGUAACGUGUGGGAGUGUUCCUCUCGAGACAUCGUUUCAGAAGGUAUCGAGGUGUGUAUAUGUUUCUACUGAAUUAUACGAGUACAAAGGAUUGUGUGGGAAUUCUGAAAAUCCUAAACAACGAUGUUUAUCGUGGGGAUGUAGACAUGCCGAGAGAUAUGUUGCUGAUUUCUACAUAUCAGACUUUCAAACUGGAUUAAGAGCGUUAGUUAAGGCAGGUUAUGGUUCUAAGGUUUCGGUACUUGUUAAACCGGCGAAUGUGGUUGAUGUGAAUAAGGGGAAUCGAGAAUUGUCGCCCACUUUUGUACAAUGGCUCGCUGAUAACAACAUCUCAACUGGUGAUCGCUUGAUGCGUCUCAAAGAAGGAUAUAUUAAAGAAGGAAGUACAGUUAGCGUGAUAGGGAUUGUCCGACGUCACGAAAAUGUUCUAAUGAUCGUCCCUCCAACCGAACCUGUUUCGACAGGCUUUCAAUGGAGCCGGUUCCUUCUCCCAACCUAUGCUGAAGGCAUGGUCUUGACGUGCGACGAAAGUCAAAGUGCAGACGUAAUUCCUGUGUAAAUAUAUAUGUAGUAUUUUUCUCUACUCACUCUUGGAACUGGAAGCGUAAAUAUUACUAUUAGAUUGUGGAAAGCACCGUUAAUGUCUCGAGCAAUUAGUUCAUAUCUCGAAAAUGGCAUGGUUAUUUUGGUUACAAAAUAAAGUGUGUAGAUGAGUAUUAAUAUUGAAUGUUUGUGAAUUUUUGCUAAAUUGUGUAUAUUGAUCCAUCCAUCUAGUGAUUUAUUGUUGCGAGGCAAUAUUAUUUAUUAUUGGAG